AUGUCCUAUGAUUUUAGUGGUAAAGUAGUGCUAAUCACGGGCUCGAGCGCCGGCAUCGGUGCGGCCACUGCUGUUGGGUUCGCCCGUUCGGGAGCACAGGUUGUGGUGACCGGACGUAACGGACAGAGAAUCAGUGCUGUGGGGAAGCAGUGCUCAGACGUAUCGCCCAAUGGGUUGACAGCACUGGAAGUGACUGCAGAUGUGAGCAAAGAAGUCGAUUGCAAACAACUCAUCGACUCUACGGUUAAGGCGUUUCAUAGACUCGACGUUUUGGUCAAUAACGCGGGCUAUGGUCUCAGUGCCGGUAUAACUGAUUCACAGUUUGGCCAAAAAUUAGACGACAUGUUUGCCGCUAACGUUAAAUCAGCCACUCUUUUGACACAAUUAUCUGUCGAGCAUUUGACCAAAACUAAUGGCAAUAUUAUCAACAUUUCAAGCAUUUCCGCCACUCAAGCAACCCCUAAGUUGUCAGGGUAUUGUAUGACGAAAAGUGCCCUGGAUAUGUUUACAAAGUGCAUGGCUGUCGAGUUGGGGCCUAAAGGCAUUCGAGUUAAUACAGUGAGCCCGGGUGCUGUGCGGACAACAGCGCGCGCAACACGUGGUGAAGCGCCCGAAGACACCGAUAGAUUCUACCAGAAAGUGAGCGAUAGAUAUCCAGUGGGCAGACAUGGAGUGCCUGAAGAUAUUGGCAAUGUUAUAAUGUAUUUAGCAAGUAAACAACCCGAGGCUUAUGACAGUAUCAAACUGGUAUGUGAGGCACUAAAGGGCGCUAAGAAUAAGCUCGAGGUAGUAAUUGGUCUCAAGAAAUGUCUGAUCGAGAUGAAAAAGUUGUUUACAGAGAUGGCACAACUGCCCCAAUACGUGCUCAGUUGUGUUGAGUCCGAAAUGAUCGCCGCAGACAACACUUGA